UCAAGCUGUUCCUGUGCGGUUGUUAUACUUUUGAACGGGGGGCCAAACAUAGCAGUACGGAAGGUCUCAGGAGUGCUCUAGCCCGUCUUCGUAGGUCGGGCCCACUCCCUAACCCUUCCAGUUCCGAGCAUAUUGAAAGUGUUGAACGAUCCUCCUCACCUUUCCGAUGUCGCCGCGAGCGAGAUAAAUGCCGAUCUCCGCCUCCAACGCCGGCACCACCUCCUUCAACACCUCGGAAAAUUAAAGUUCCCCCCGAUGCCAUGACAGUGUCGGUAACGCAGCCGCAGCAGCCGAUUGAAAGCGUCCACUGCGGUCCCUUGAAGCCCAACUACAUCUUACCCCCUGCCGCAUCCUCAUCCUCUUCGACUUCAUCUACUGCCAUCGUUGAAACUGUCGUCAGUUCUUCAAUGGCACUGUCUACGUCCACUAUGUCAUCCGCCUCCUCAUCCACCACACACUCGGGAAGUCCAGGACAUGGGCGUUCGCACUCAUCCCGCGCUAGUCCCGAACCGGAAUCGACCCAAGGCAACCAUUCACAGCACACGUCCACACCAACGUCGGCACUACGAAGGCUUUAUUUCAAGACCGCUCGGGCAAGCAAGGCAGCCAAAAUGGCAGCAACAGCAGCUACCACGGUAACCGCAGUUGCUGCAGCAGCCGCCAACUCCUCAACAGUGCCGAAGGUAGUCGUAAUGGGGUCGUCUACAACGUCCGAGGCUACUAUCAACACCUCCACCGAUUCAGCCUCGACGCACGUCACCAACGUCACGACAACUACGGACACGGAGACUAACGAUUCACUAGAUUUAGGUGAUGUUUCUGGACAAAGUGAACCUCUGUUAAGCUCGCUCGAAGACGAAAGCUCCAGCAUCAUUGUAUUGAACCAAACUGCAGGCGAUGAGGAGGAUGAAAACAUUACCGUCAUCAAUGGACCCGAUACCCCAUUACUGAUCAGUUACCAGGAGCUGGAAGAUCUUUCACCCAAAUCUCCCAUGUUUUCCUCGCGUGAAUCUCCAAACACAAAAGCCGGAGCCACCAACCGAACGCAACAGCCCCGCACAGCACCAAUUUCAUCGAAUGCGACGUGCUUUCCUUUUGAUCCCCCCAUAUCACCGAAGACGUACAGUGGGGGUGUUAGCCGCGGUGAUUUUGCUUCCUUUGCUCGUACGCACGAAACCAUGUUUAGUUUCGAUGAGUCACCAAACCCAGUGAGGCGUCCACCACCAAAAAUGCUACCCACUUCGGCAGAGCACACGCCCGACCAUUCUCCAAACACAAUCGAGUCUGUCGCUAGUCCUGAACAGAUUAUUAGCACACCAUUAGCAAAAGAACGUGUAACGGACGCUGCGCAGCCUCCAAAGCAGCACAUGGAACCGAUACAAACGUCCACAUCAACCCCCAAGCGUCUGAUGAAUAGUUUCAAGACUCGUAAAGAACGUCUCGUACAGCAGGCGGGAAGCGCUGUUGCUGCAGCGACAGCCGCAGUUACGUCCGCUGGAGCGUCUGGUAAACCGUUCAAGAAUCCAAAUUACGAUCCCGACCUGACCAUGUUUCCUUUCGACCGAGAAGCAAUCGAUUACGAUCGCAUCCAGCGUGAAUGUUUCGCCGUGGAAGAGGAGUUACUAUUCGAACACGAUCGACGCGCUGAUGAUGAGUAUCGCAGCGGCGUAGGAACUGUUGGUUGUGGCGAGUCUCCCUCAAAAACGUUGUACGAUGCGGAGAUCUUCAGCGAUCAUUACUCGAUCUUUCAGCAGUACGCUUAUUUGUCACAACAGGAGACUCGAGACGCGCCUGCCGACCGCAAUGCGACACCCUCCAAGCGCAAUCGAAUGGCGGCAACAUCUGAUGCGUUUUCACCCCAACGCCGAAACGAUCACAACACGGCGACAACAGGUUCGGGUGCGGCCGUUCACCCGCGGCUCUCCAAGUUUGAACAGAUCGCCACCAAGUUCGACAUGAUGCCGUCAAAGUCUAUCGGUCCGACGGGCGCGACACAACAGCUUGGUUGCGGCACACUUCCGGACCUACGCGUCGACUACUUCGCAGAAACGUCGUGUUGUUCCGUUGCGGGAAUUUCCGUCUCAUCAAGCGGAGAAUCCGGCAGCGAAACUGCUACCGGCAAAGCGCGUGCGUCGUCUCCGGUAUCAUCAUCAUCAUCAUCGAUGGCGACCUCUGGUGGUGGUGGCCUCCGUUCGAUGGAAGUCGUUGGCACAGGCGCACUGGUUACCGGUGCUAUAAAUGUUACGCCAAACCCGAUGGAAGGAGCAGUUUGUACACAACCACGGGCGACAAUAGUCGUACAGCAACCAUCGCUCAGUCUGGACUAUACGUCCGUUGAAACGAUUCUGCUAAAAAAUGAAGGAGACUUCAUCAGUGUCGGCGAGCAAGGAACGAAAGGCGAAUUACAAUCGACGCAAAGGAAAAAACAGCAACGGGAGGAACACAUGCGACAGUUGCUGGACGUGACCAAUACGCUAACCACGGAGGAAAUUAAGGAUUUCGAAAUGAGAUACGGUAGCCCUCAUCACAGUCGGUCCCAAUCGGUCAAAACUCCAGGAAGUAGAGCAUCAGGCCGUCCAAAUCAGCUAUGCUUGCCACAGCAACGUUCGAGAGUGGCUUCCAUGCCCAACACAGGCGUCGAAGAGGAAUACUACAGACUGAGACACUUUUCCAUCACUGGCAAAGGUGUCGUGAAUCGGGGUGAUUCGUUGAAAAGUAGACGGAGCAAAUCAAAUAAUAGUGUAGCCAGCUCAAAUUCCAGUACUGAACAUCUAACUCCUGCCACCGGGGCCGUUGCUGCUGGUUCUGCCCGCACGUCAGCCACGUGUAGUUUGGCAUCUAGCCGAGAGAGUAGUACAUCUAAUCCGGCAUCAGGACCGUACAAAGUGCUGAUGCUGGGUGGGCAAGCGGUGGGUAAAAGCUCAUUAGUGUCGCAGUUCAUGACAUCGGAAUAUCUACAUGCGUAUGAUACUAGCAUAGAUGAUGAUUCGGGCGAGAAAACGGUUUCUGUGCUUCUCAGUGGAGAAGAAUCCGAACUGACGUUCAUUGACCAUAGCUAUAAUGAAAUGGCGCCCGAAAAUUGUAUGGCUACGUACGAUCCUCACGGUUAUUGCGUGAUAUAUUCGUCGACGGACAAGGAAACCUUCUGCAUAGCGGAGCGCAUUCUGCAAAUCCUUUGGACGACAGAAAACAUCGCCCAAAAGGCAGUGAUACUGGUGGCCAACAAGGCAGACCUGGCACGAUGUCGGGUGGUAACGUCGGAUGAGGGUAAAGCAAUGGCAACACAAUACGAUUGUAAAUUCAUCGAAACAUCUGUCGGAAUCAAUCACAAUGUAGACGAGUUGCUGGUUGGGCUUCUCUCCCAGAUAAGAUUAAAAUUGGAAAAUCCGGAAAAAUCACGGGAUCUUUUCCGGAAACGAUCGAUACGGAAAUCGAAACGUCGCGCCUGUUCGCCACUGGGCGGUGCGAUUUGUUUAGCCGGCAUCGGUGGCAGCACGAAUCCCAGCACACCAAUUUCGGGACCUCCGGCUAGUGGUGGUGGUUUUGUCGAUACGCCACCCGGAAGUGCACACAGCAGUCCUAGGAAGUAUAGAGGAUCGCGAACAUCUGCUAGCCUUAAGGUGAAAGGGUUGCUAGGCCGUGUGUGGGCUCGUGAUUCGAAAUCCAAGAGCUGUGAAAAUUUGCAUGUACUGUAAAUUUCCUUCAUCAACUCUUACUUUCGUCUCGCUAAACUGCGGACAUGUGUCACAGCAAGUGCAAAACAAUCGA